AAGGUUCCGGGUCACUGACUAACUUGUGACAGAGCUACAGAAAAGUUGCGUUCCUGCUGGGGGUAAUAUGUUUUUGGGGAAAGCUAUAAUCUGGAAGUGUUUGGAGUGGAGGGUAUUUGAGAGGGGGCUGAGGCAAGUCAGAUGCCUCAGCUCAGGGAGUCAGCUGGACCUGGGGGGUAUUUAUCCUCCGAUAGUUAGCCCCUUUGACCAGAAGGGCCGGCUGCAAUAUCAGCAAUUGGAGAGCAACGUCCAGGGGUUCAGCAAGAUUCCAUUCCGAGGGCUGGUUGUUCAGGGCUCCAAUGGAGAGUUUGUCUUCCUGACCAGUGAGGAACGUGUUGAAGUGGUUCGGCGGGUGAGGCAGGUACUACCUGAGGAAAAGCUGCUGGUCGCUGGAUCAGGCUGUGAAUCCACGGAGGCCACCAUUGCAAUGACACUCAAGAUGGCUGAAGCAGGGGCGAAUGCGGUGAUGGUUAUCACUCCGUUUUACUAUCGGGGCAGAAUGAACAGUGCUGCUUUCAUCCAGCACUAUAUGCAGGUAGCAGAUGCCUCACCUGUGCCUGUUGUGUUGUACAGUGUCCCUGGCAACACUGCACUGGAGCUUCCAAUGGACGCAAUCCUCACACUAUCUCAACAUCCAAACAUCAUCGGGCUGAAGGACAGUGGGAACGAUAUCACAAGAAUCGCACUGAUUGUCCACAAAACCAGGAACCGGAAUUUCCAGGUGCUGGCUGGAUCAGCUGGAUUCCUGCUCUCUGCUUAUUCAGUAGGGGCUGUGGGUGGUGUGUGUGCGCUUGCCAAUGUCCUCGGAGAGCCUUUGUGCAGUCUGGAAAAGCUGUGCCUUGAGGGGAAGUGGGCAGAAGCCCGAGAACUUCAAUACAGGCUGAUUGAGCCAAACACAGCAGUUACGCAAAAGUAUGGCAUUGCAGCCCUCAAGGAGGCGAUGGGAUGGUUUGGAUAUUACGGGGGAUUUUGUCGUUCUCCCCUGCUGCCUUUGACUGAGGCAGAGAGAAAGGACUUGCGGAACAGCUUCACAUCCAACGGCUGGCUCUGAACUUGUCCACAGCAAACGCCACGGAUCAUGUGCUUGAGAUGGAGUUGCUUUUCAAAGUCUUGUAAAGUUGAGUGCUGUUAAAUAAUUGGUUAAUCAGUUGCAUCUCAUCUUCCCUCCCCUCCACUCUGACCUUCAUCUGCAAACUGGGGAACUGCUACAUUGAAAUUUUGUUUUUGUUCCACAGAGUUUGCAGGACAGAAACUGGCUGUUUGAUCAAUUACAAGGUUUAUGUUUGCUGUAAACUUCCCGUCACCUUUUCUGUUAAUUUCCCCAAUCAGCAUCCUCUACAUGCACUACCUAGAAUCUCCUCCAAUAACCCUCUGCCCUUUUGCCCUGAGUACUCCACAUGGCAGUGAAUUUCACACUUUCAUCAGGCUGUGGCUGAAUAAAAUUCUCCAGAAUUGGAUUAUUAA